CAAUGGUAUUUCUUGAGACCAAGAAAAGAAGAACAAAUCCAAUCAUAAUUACUGCUGCCUGCAAGAGAAGACGAGAAUUUCUGGAGCCUCAAAAUUCUCCGCGCGGCCUCCCAUGUCCAUUUCAAUCUUCACCCACAUUUCCCCGCUCUUCUUCUUCCACUCUGCCCGCUGAUUGUUCCACAUUUUGUAAUUUCGGGGGAAGGUUAGUGAGUCCGGCGGCGGCGAUGGAGAUUGGGGGAGGCGGAGGAGCUGCGGUUUCCGGCGGCGGGGGGAGAAUCGAUCCGAGCAAGCUGCAUUUGAAGAAGGAACUGACGCAAAUCCGGAAGGCGGCGCGGGCGUUGCGCGAUCCCGGCACCACCACUUCGUGGCGGUCGCCGAUCAAUUCCGCGAGAUCUCUCCGCCACCAUCACUACGGUAACGGUAACGCUGCUGCUUCUUCAUCUACUUCUACUUCUUCGCCUGAUGAGCAGUUUCCGCAAGUUCAAAUUAAUGGUCAUAGUAAUUAUUCUCAUUAUAGUAGCAACAAUAAUAGUCAAUACAUUGGUAGCAAUGGCGUUGUGGAUAAUAAAAACAAUGUGACUGUGAGGGAUAAGGAGAAGAAAGUGUUUCUGUACAAUUGGAGGAGCCGGAAAUCCGACCGCGGCGGCAGUGAGGAUUACGCCGCCGCGGGAAAUAGUUCUGAUUUAAGUGUAGGCGGCGGCGCAGCCGCCGCAGAUGAUUCCAAGAGUGAUACAUGUUUGAGUGAGAGGAUCUUAAAGUGUCGGGACGCAGCCGCGGUGGCGGCGGUCAGGCGGAAGUCGAGGAGGGGCAAUGGCUGUAGUGUAGGUUUGAAGCUAAAUAGCAAAUUGAACGUAGGCCAGCGGCGAGUUCUCGAGGGUUUAGUUGAUCGAUCGGAUGAAACCGACGAUUAUAGUAAUUCGGAGGAUUUGAGGAGGGAGUCGACGCUUUCGCCGUUGCUCGUGAGGCUAAAGAAGAGCGGUUUGCCGUGUUCUUCGACGAAAGUGGUAUCGAGGGGUGUUAGGAAAGGGGACGAUUCGAUUUCGCAUAGCACGCCUGCAAUGUCGGCGAGUUCUUACAACCGGUACGGCGUUAGGAAUCCGAGUGUGGCCGGAUCAUGGGAUGUGGCGACGGGAUCGUUGAAUGACGCCGAUGACGAGGUCGACGAUCGAUUCGAUUUUCCGGGGCGUCAGGGAUGCGGAAUCUCUUGUUGUUGGUCGAGAAAGUCGACUCCGAAGUCACGAGGUGGGUAUGGAAGUUGUUGCUCUCCAUCGCUCUCGGAUACGCUACGUCGGAGAGGAGGCGCCAUUUUUUGCGGACGUCAUCGGAGAGGACAUUCUCUCGGUUCGAACAAGAGGGGAUUGACCAAUUCUCGGAUCGCUAGCCAAUACCGCGUCCCUCUUCUUACCAACGCCUAUCGAGGAUCGUCCGUUGGUAGCGAAGAUGAAAAUUCCGAGAAUUUCGGGGAGCUCGAUUUGGAAGCUUUGAGUCGGCUUGACGGGAGGCGGUGGUCGUCGAGCUGCCGGAGCCAAGAAGGGUUGGAGAACAUAGCGACGAACGGCGAAAGCUCCCCGGAGAAUGCCCAAAGCUUGAGCCAUAAAUACAGGCCGAUGUUUUUCGACGAAGUGAUCGGCCAGAACAUAGUUGUUCAGUCUCUUAUGAGUGCGAUUUCCCGAGGGAGGAUCGCCCCGAUUUAUCUCUUCCAGGGGCCUCGCGGAACGGGAAAGACUUCAACGGCUAGGAUUUUCGCGGCUGCCCUGAAUUGCAUUGGCUCUAACGAGAAUAAACCGUGCGGCGUCUGCCGGCAAUGCGCGGAUUUCAUAUCGGGGAAGAGUCGGUAUCUUGUGGAAGUGAAUGGCUCGAACAAAAAGGGAGUGAACAGCAUUAAGAAUCAUCUGAAAAGCCUCUCCGCCGUUUUGCAGUUCACGGUUUUCGUCAUUGACGAGUGCCACUUGCUGCCGUCGAAGACUUGGCUGACGUUUCUUCAGCUUCUCGAGAAACUGCUCCCUAAUGUUGUGUUCAUACUCAUUACGACGGAUGUUGACAACGUGCCGCGCACGAUCCUUUCGCGGUGUCAGAAACAUAUCUUCAACAAGAUCAGCCACGGCGACAUUGUGGCUUGUUUGGCGAAGAUCGCGGAUGAUGAGAAAUUGGACGUCGACUCGAAUGCUUUGGAGUUGAUCGCCUCGAAUGCAGAUGGGUCGCUGCGCGAUGCGGAGACCAUGCUUGAUCAGUUGAGCUUGUUCGGGAAAAGAAUCACGGUCUCGUUGGUGAAUGAGCUUAUUGGGGUUGUUUCGGACGAGAAAUUACUCGAUCUCCUGGAGUUAGCCAUGUCGUCGAAUGCAACAGAGACGGUGAUACGGGCUCGAGAAUUGUUGGAUUCUGGAGUCGACCCGAUAGUUCUCAUGUCUCAACUGGCGACGCUUAUUGUGGAUAUUAUUGCUGGAACGUACUCGAACGUCGACAAAAAGCUCGAUUCUUUCCUCGGCGGGAGAAAUUUGUCGGAAAGGGAGCUCGGCAGGCUGAAGCACGCCCUGACACUUCUCUCCGACGCUGAAAAGCACCUGAGAGUUUCGAACGAACGAUCGACGUGGUUCACCGCAACGCUACUGCAGUUAGGUUCGAUGCCGUCGCCGGAACUAUCCCACUCUGGAAGCAGCCGACGGGAAAGCUCUAAGACGGCAGACGGGGAUCAUUCGAACACACUCAGAGAAACGAUUGCUCAGAAACACAGAAUCGACAAUCAGUUGACCACCGAAGAAUCGACUUCUCACAGAUCCUUCUCGAAAACCUCUCAGCGAAAUUCUUCGAGCAAAGAUAAUCUCGUUCGAGCAGGUACAAGGAUGUCUUUGAGAUGCGCGAACUCGGAAAUGUUGACGGAAACCUGGCUUCAGUCCAUCGACAAGUGCCAUUCCAAGACCCUUAGGCAACUCCUCCAUUCCCAUGGACGACUCGUGUCGAUAACCGAAACGAAAGGCAAUUUCGUCGCGCACAUUGCGUUCGACGACCGGAAUAUCAAGAGAAGGGCGGAAGGCUUCCUCAGCAGCAUAACGAACGCGUUCGAAAUUGUUUUACGACAAAAUGUGGAGGUCAAGAUCAUACUGUUGCCGGAUUCGGGAAAGUUGCGUCAGGAAAACGAAACGACCGGAUCAAACGCUCCCGACGGCGACGAACCCAUCGUACCCGGUAAAAUCGACACCAACAGUUCAAAGGACGGAAAGGCUAGUGCACCCGCAAAAAGAAUGGACUCGAUCAUCCGCGAGCAGCGACUCGAAACAGCUUGGCUGCAGACGAUGGAGAAAGCCCACCCGGGGGCCAAACCCGAGCGGAACCAAGUCCUGCCGCAGGACGUCACAUGUCCUCCUAACGAAGUCGAGGCUCGGAAUUCCGGUACACCGCCGUUAAGCGACAAAAUCAAUGCCCGGAGAUUCGCCGACGGGACGGCCCCUCCGGAAGAACAGACUACUAAAGGAAUCAACCAUUUCCCGAUCUCACCGAGCCUGCUGCAUAACAACAUCAGCUUGGGAAACAACAAUUGCAACCGGGACAACAUGGGGUAUGAGUCGGGGGCGGGUGGUUCGAGUUGCUUAUGCUGGAACAAUGCAAGAAAUCCGCGAAGGGGAAAGGCUAAACAUGGGACUCAUCUGCGUUCUUCGCGCAAGAACAACAGCGCGCGGUUUCCUUGGCUCGCAGCGUGUCUUAAUUCGAAGUCGAGGGGAAGGGACAGGUUCGGACACCCGAGGUGACGAACGAACGGGACGGUCGUCGGCGAAGGCCAGUAUUUUUAUUUUAUUUCUUCUAUUUUAUUUUCUAAGAAAUGAAAUGAAGUAGUCUUGAGCCAUAUUCAUUCAUGCUUUUUGCCUUUGGAAACAAGCCUUUUUCUUACAACAUUGGAGUCUCAUAUGGUAGGUAUGCUGUGUUCUUUGAAGAGCAUACAUACAUAUAUAUAUAUAUAUUUAUUCAUUUGCAUUUAGUUCAGUCCAAGUUCAGUUAGGCUUCACAAAUUUCAAAUAUACAUUUCAGAGUUUGUUGCCAUUAAAUGAAUUACCACAUAUGUUUGAUUGAUAUGGGUGUGUGUGUUUUACUAUCAUCUCAAUUUUAAAUUUUUA